GGCGUCGUAAAGAAUUUUGGUUGAUUUCUCAAGUGUGUUGUCAGUUUCUCGAGUAUUUUUAGAAAUAAAUGAAAUGAAUGAAUGAAUGAAAGUUUAAGCACCGAGGAAACGUCCCCUGUUACUCGAAAGAGAAGAGGAAAGUAUUGUGCAGCUUUUGACUGUAAUAAUAGCGCCUACGACAUUAACGGAACGCGAACAAGUUACCAUUUCUUCGAGUUUCCUAAGGACGCUCAGCGAAGAAAACGGUGGUGUUCCCUCAUCAAGCGGCGACAUGGACAGGAUGGAUUUGUCGUUUCCACUUCCACCGUUCUUUGCCAUGAACAUUUUCGAACCGAAGAUAUUUCAAAAAAACUUACUGGUCGCUGGAUUUUAAAGAAAGGUGCAGAGCCUUGUCUUUUUAGCUGGACCUUGGGAAAGAAGCAAAGGAAGGCACCAGCGGAAAGAAUGCAACAAGUAACCGAUGAGUCAACUCCAGAGUCUGUUGGAGAAGCAGUGUCAGCAUUGCAUGUUGGAGCCUACAGAGCAUUUUCCUCUGAUGAACCCUCAACUUCUGCUGCUGGUUCAUUGUCACAGUUUGAUGAAAAUGCUGUUGAAUUGGAGAGUGAGACCCCUCAAACAGAGCCUGAUAUUUUCCUUGAACUGCAAAGAAAAAUUGCCUUACUUGAAAUUGAACUAGCUGACUGCCAGGAAAAGCUCUGUGAAGCAGAAAAGGAAAAAGCAGUGUUACUGGAACGGCAAUUUUCACUCGAAAAAAUUAAGGAUGACAAUGCUGCGGUUUUAUUUUACACUGGCUUCCCAAGUUAUGAUGCAUUGAUUAGCAUCUACAAGUACAUUGAACCAAAGCUUGCCAAAAUGCAGUAUUGGAAGGGCGAAAAUCUACUAAAGGAAAGCCAGCCUUAUCAAACUGAUGAUAACAAGCGUAAAUCUGGCCCUUCAAGAAAGCUUAGUUAUCUGGAUGAGUUUCUUCUCGUACUCAUGCGACUGAAGGCUGGCCUCUUUGUGCAAGACCUUGCCGACAGAUUUGGUAUCAGUACCAGCCUAGUAUCUAGGAUUUGUAUCACCUGGAUAAAUUUGUUGUACUAUGAAAUGAAGGAACUGUUUCCAUUCCCCACUCAGGAACUUGUCCGCAAAAACAUGCCAAAGGAGUUUGCUCACUAUGCCACAACCAGGAUCAUUCUAGACUGCACGGAACUAUUUAUUCAGCGGCCUUCUGCUAUGCUGGCCCAGUCAGAGACAUGGUCCGAUUAUAAACAUCAUAAUACCUGGAAGUUGCUAGUUGGGGUAACCCCAAAUGGACAGGUAACUUUCCUGUCAGAUCUCUGGGGAGGGCGUGUGUCUGAUAAGCAAAUAACAAGAGAGAGUGGAGUAUUGGAUUUGUUGGAAGCGGGUGACAAUGUCAUGGUAGACCGAGGAUUUGACAUUUCUGCAAUUGUACCUGCUGGUGUUUCAGUUAACAUGCCACCAUUUCUGGCCGGUCGUGAACAAAUGACGGCAGCUGAAACCGAAGAAACUAUGAGCAUCGCUUCAGUCCGGAUUCAUGUGGAGCGUGCUAUUGGCCGCAUUAAGACUUACCACAUUUUAGAUGGCAUUUUACCGAACACCUUAAGCCCUUAUGCAACACAAAUUGCAACUGUCUGUGGCCUUCUGACAAAUUUUCUACCCCCUUUACUGCCACCGGCUAAUAGCUCAUGAUUCCCGCUUAAGCUUUCAUAUAGUGAGUGUGUGUAUACAUUCCGUAAUUUUGGGCUGAUUAACAGGCAGGCUGCCCUGGUUAGCUGGGAUGACUUUUGUUCAGUAGCAUGGCUACUUGGCAACAGCUUGAAAGAAAAUGGCGUUUUUAAAGCGACUAUAACAAUAUCAUUGUCUGCAUGUUAAAUAGGCGGAAUGUUUUUCUACUUUUGUUGCAUUUUACAAGUGUGACAGAAGCCCAGCUAGCCAGCUCAGCCCGGUUCAUGUAAUCAGCCUCUUAGCUUCCAUUAGUUUCAUAUUCUAUGUAACCAUUGGGAUUUUGUACCACUGUCUUAUUAACCAACCAGGGGGUCUGUAUGGGAGAAUUUUGACCUUGGUCAUGAGUACAGGCUGAAUGAAGUGAGAUCUGUACUCAUGACCAAGGUCAAGAUUGUCACAUACAGACAGACAACCUAAGCUCGGUUAAUAAGCUUUUUUUUUUCUAUGGAAAAAUCUGACAUUCCUUUUGAGACACAGACAUAAUUAAUAUAAAACAAAUAAUCAUGGAACCAAGUGUUUACUUUAUUUCAGUAAAAAAUGAAAUUACAUGUA